AUGGGCGGGGUGAAGAUGGAUGUAAAUGCCAAGGCGGAGGUGAAAAAGAAGAAGUCCGGAUUCUCCGGGAAGCUGGUGAAGUCGCAGAAGAGCAGCGGCGGUGGCGGGGGCGGAAAGGAGGUGGAGGAAUCGCGCGCGAUUGAGGAAGGAGGCAAGAGGAAGACACAAUCGGAGAGGCACUAUUCCGGCGAUUUCUUGUUGUCCAUUUCGAGAGAGUUGAAGCCUUCAAAGCCGCCGGUUGGAGGAGACACGCCGGCCAAGGUUGCUCACAAAACUUCCUUCCUGGGGAAAGCAUGCACAAUGGGUCUGGAGAAAACGUUAGAAGUUCUCGACACUCUUGGAAGUAACAUGUCGAAUUUGAAUGGUAGGAGUGGGUUUGUCACUGGAAUAGCAUCUAGAGAGAACAUAAUAUCUAUACUGGCAUUUGAAGUAGCUAAUACAAUAUCUAAAGGGGCGAUCUUGUUUCAAUCUCUCUCGGAAGAGAAUGUCGAAUUCCUGAAAAAGGAGAUUCUACAUUCAGAAGGUGUUAAGAGGUUGAUUUCAACGUAUAUGAAAGAGUUGCUAGUUAUUACUGCUGCUGACAAAAGGGAAGAAUUUGAUGUCUUCUCCCGUGAAGUAAUUCGGUUUGGAGACCUCUAUAAGGAUCCCCAAUGGCACAACCUAGGCCGAUAUUUUCGAAGUGUAUUAGAUUCAGAGGCUUCAAUUGAUAAACAAUCGAGACAAGAAGCUGAGAGGAUUGUGCAAGAGUUGACUAAUCUGGUGCAACAUACUUCUGAACUUUAUCAUGAAUUGCAUUCACUGGACAGAUUUGAGCAAGAUUAUCAAAAUAAUGUUGAGGAGCUGCAGUCCUUACACCUCCCUCAGAAAGAGAGCCUCUCAAUUUUACAUAGAGAGUUGAAAGAGCAACGGAAGCUUGACCGCAGCUUGAAAAAAAGAUCUUUGUGGUCUAAAAGUUUGGAGGAGAUCAUGGAGAAGCUUGUGAACAUUGUAAUCUAUUUGCCCCAAGCUAUUCUGGAAGCAUUUGGAACUACUGGUGUCACAGUGGUUGAUGGGGUUGGAAACCAUCAAAGGCUUGGAAAAGCUGGUCUAGCAUUGCAUUAUGCUCACAUUAUCACUCAGAUAGACAACAUUGCCUCUCGUCCCACAAGUCUUCCUCCUAACACAAGGGAUUCAUUGUACCAAGGGUUACCACCCACUGUUAAAAUAUCUCUAAGGUCUCUAUUACAGAUGUUUGAAGAGAAUGAAGAGCUUUCAAUAGCUCAAGUAAAGGCUGAAAUGGAAAAGACCCUCCAAUGGCUUGUACCCGUUGCCGCCAACACAACCAAAGCUCACCAAGGUUUUGGUUGGUUUGGAGAAUGGGCAAAUACUGGAAGCGACUACGGGAGAGUCGAUGCAGCCACCCAAGGCAACCUGAUCUGCCUCCAGACGCUCUACCACGCCGACAAGGAGCGAACCGACCAACACAUCCUCGAGACCGUAGCAUGGCUCCACCGUAUUAUCACCCUAGUCCGACAACGCGACAAUGGCCUACGAUCCUCAGGAGGCCAAGCCGGCCAUGUUCCAAAGUCAGCCACUUUCCGAGGACAAGAUCUCCACUCGAAGAUGCAGCGAAUCACGUCCCUGAACGAAGCUCGAAACUAUCACCACGACAGCCACAUCCCAAGAAUCUCUGAGGAGGACAGAGACUUGUUGGACAAGGUAGGCCGAAGGAGUAGGCUGAUCCCUGGGAUAAGCAAGAGCUAG